GAAGUUUGAAAGGUCAUUUAGUGUAAACAAAGGUUGUUUGAAGGUUAAAAAGGUCAAAUACAAAUGGAAGGCAGAAGUGAAGGUCGUAGUGUGCUCAGUAAGACUAGACUGACUCACCUGGCUGCUCAGAUUGACCCCAAACAAGUGCUGGAUGAAGACGUACAAGAUGUUCUGCUUCAGAUGGCUGAUGACUUCAUAGAGAGUGCAGUGAGUGCCUCGUGUGGUCUGGCCAAACACCGCAAGUCAGGAGUACUUGAGGCUAAGGACGUGCAAGUCUAUCUGGAGACAUCCUGGAAUAUGACCACACCUGGUUUCUCAGGUGAAGCUGCUCCAGCUAAAAAGUCCACAGCCACUGAGGCACAUAAACAGCGAAUGAACCAAGUCAAGAAAUCCAAGAGAUGAUGAAGAAAAUACUAUAUACUCAUGUAUGCACUGACUGUGUUUUCCUAGUGUUGUAUUGCAAUUAACUGUUCUCUCACCAACUCCUCUAUUUAGCUAGUUUGCACUUUUUGUGAACUUUCAUGUCUGAAUCAUGCACGAUAAUUAAUUAAUAUCA